UUCUCUGAGUGGACAAUAAAGUUUCGAAAGUUUGAAAAAGGAGGGAAAAAAAAACCCCACCCCCCCUUUGGCCGCCUCGGCGUGGACGCCUGCAGCCAGGGACAGACAGCUCGCGCGCCGUGUGCUCGCGGAGGCGUGGUUCGCGCGCGGGAAUGGGGAUCACCGUGGACGUGCACCAGGUGUUCAAGUACCCCUUCGAGCAGGUGGUCGCCAGCUUCCUCCGAAAGUAUCCGAACCCCAUGGAUAAAAAUGUCAUCUCGGUAAAAAUUGUGGAGGAAAAAAGAGAUGUGUCAACAGGGAUCAUCUAUAGAAAGAGGAUUGCAGUCUGUCAGAAUGUGGUUCCAGAAGUUUUAAGGAAGCACUCGGGUGAUUGUUGGAGAAAGGUGAACAUUUUAAAGGUACCUGAUAUCCGGUUAGAAGAGGAAUCAUGGCUCAAUCCUCAGGAAAGGAACAUGGCUAUACAGAGUCACUGCCUUACGUGGACACAGUAUGCAUCCAUGAAGGAGGAGUCUGUCUUCCGGGAAAGUAUGGAAAAUCCGAAUUGGACAGAGUUCAUUCAGAAAGGCAGAAUUUCAAUCACAGGGGUUGGCUUUCUCAACUACGUUUUGGAAACUUUUGCCAGCACAUUCUUAAGACAGGGCGCCCAGAAGGGAAUUAGGAUAAUGGAGAUGCUGCUGAAGGAACAGUGCGGUGCCCCCUUAGCCGAAUAAAGCCUCAUCAGGAAGCUGUGUUGUGCCUACUGUUUGCUCGAGAUUUAAUCUUUUCUUGGACACAGCACAUCCAAGGACACAGUUUUCAAAAUACACAUUUAAGGACGCCGUGUUGGCAGCUUAAAAGAAGAGGAGACCUUCCUGCCGGGACGUGGAACGAUACACUCCCCUGGGAGCCUGCCUCAGACCGCGGCUCUCGUGGAGAUGAGACCGUUCAGCUGCUUCUUAGGGCACAACCUGUACAAUUUUACAAAUAAAGAACCCAUAGGCGGUGAUGUCCGCCCUUCUUCAGGGUGUCCUGUGGAUUGCCUGGUGACGGUGCCAGGGCAGCCGAAGAUGGGCCAGGGGCUUGGAGAGCGGGGCUUGUGCCCGGAUGUUCUCUGCAGCAUUGCUCAUAGGAUUCAUUUGAGGAUUCUGGGAUAAAUAAAGGAGUUAAACCCGUUCCUGAUUCUUAGGUGGCCUGGAACAGAUAGGAAAGUGCCAGACCUGUGUGGAAGCUAAGUCAUUUUCAUAGUAAUGUUUAAGAUGCUCAGAAAUGGGGAGCAUUUGAUUUCUACCCAUCAGGAGCACCAUGUAAGUGCCAUUAGUCGUAUUUAAACUGGAACACAUGACCUGCCAUUUGGUCCCCCAAGGAACCUGGAGGCGGGAACGCAGGCUGCAUGUUCUUGGCUCCUACUCACUCUUUCUGCGCUGUGGAGAGCAUGUAACCUUUCUGUCUUUCCCUGGGCAAAUGGGGAUAAUUGGGCACAGAUCUUUCUACUUGUGAUGAUGAAACAAGGGGGUGUGGUGUCAAAAGCUCAAGUCUGGGAGUCAAGCAGGCAAGACGCGCUUUUGGGAGUCAAACAGACAGACGCGGGUUUGGAGCCGGGCACGGCCGCCCACCAGCUCAGUGAGCAUGUACGUAACUUUAAAUCUUUCAGAAACUUGUUUUUUAAGUUCAUAAAAUGGGGUUAUAGAAUUAACUUUGUGAGGUUGUUGGAAUGAUUGGGGGUCAUGUACUAAUAAGAGGGCCUAGCAUGCUGCCUGGUACACAUAAGUCCAGUGAGUAGCAGCCAUUACUACUACGUGAAACCAUUUUGGAAAUGUCCUUUUCUAGUGGAACGUAAUGUGGUGUUUUACUGUUUGAAAAUCAGAUGCCGGUAGUCUGCAUUUCUCAUGGUGGGAAGCCAAGAUGUAAAUACACGCUAUGUAAAGGGGAAAAAAAAAAGCCUAAAGGGAGGCAAUAAUUUGGAAUUCAUCUUUUUACGAUAAAAAGUAGAGCAUUACUGGAACGUCUUGGGGAAAUCAUUCUUUGUUUAAUAUUUGAAAAAUUUUCCACUUAGUGCAUUGGUGAAUUUUUCAAAGCAAUUGUAUUAUUAUUAUUAUUAUUUUUUAAAUACGAACCUGCCACUGUGAGCCUCCUCCUAUCGUAUUUGAGCUGUUUGCGCUGCUUGAGUUCUGUGUCUUAGGAAUAUUUCCCAAUUUCCUUAGUGUUUCAUUCUUCCAUUGUGUUAGAGGGAAAAUGGAUAGUAGCAACCAGAACACACUGUGACCGCCUUUUCCAGUUUGUGGAUGGCAUUUGGUAGGCUUUUGGAAUAAUGGCGCAUUUCCAAAAAUAAAAGUUGGUGUGAAUUAUCCAGGAGGUGAGAGGCAAGAAAUCUGCAUUUGAAGGUUGACACUGGAAUGAAUUUAACCCUUCGUACUCAAUGAUUUGCCUUUUCCGAAGGCAGGCGUUCUCAACCUUGGCUUUCCAUUAGAACCACCUGGAAGCUUUAUGCAAUCCUCAUACCUAGGAUACAUCCCAGGCCAAUAAGUCAGAAUCUGUAGGGGUGGAACCCAGGCUUCAGUGUUUUUUAAAGCUCCCUAGGAGAUUUCAGCAGGCAGCUAAAGAUGAGAAGACGACAGGGAAUUCUAGGUGAUUUGCGGACAGUAUCUGAUUCCUUUCUUAACCCCUCGGAAGCAAGGAAAUAUCAUUGUAGCAAGAAUUUCUGUUAGAGAAAGUGAAGUACAGAGAGGCUGUUUGCCUUAAUUGCUUGAGGCUGGGCGGCCGAUGCAAAUAUCUGCAGGUGUCUGGCAGGAGAUCUGAUGAGUGAAGUAGGCUGGCGGCCACGGGGAGAGCCCAGGAGCCCAUGGCUGGCUAGAGGUGGGCAGCUGCUGCCCAGCGCCAGCCCAGUUUUUCCAAACUGUUGGUUUUUCUAGUUCUUCCGAUUUCCAAUUUUCCAGGAAAAGAAGAGAUUUUUUUUAAAAAAGAAAUAUCCCUAUUUUUGUGCAUGGGCAACGAAUUCAGGAUUGUUUAAAACAUUGUGCCGGCCAAACAAAAUAUGUUUGCCAGUAGCUUCCAGCCUCUGUUUCAAGAGCGUUAAGGACCAGCUUAAACAUCUCAGCCAAUUUUUAAAAGAUUUGCAUUUCCCUGUUCUGGAUGGAAGUUUCUUUCUGCCUCUCCUCCAAGACCGCGUUUAGUAUUUUCCUCCCCGUUCCCAGGCAGUCCUCUGGACUUGCAUCAGACUUCCUCGCUCAGUAUUUUUUUGCCCCCUGCAGGCAUCCAUUACUUCAAGCUUCAAGUAUAUAGCUUAGAAAUCUUACGCUCCUUUUAAAAUUAAUUAGGGCUUGUUAGAGUUUAUUUUUAUUAUGUCAGAAACCUUUCCUGGUGAUAAAACAGUUUAGAAAUCCACAUCUAAUUUUAUUACGUACAGUCUCGUGUAAGAAAUAUCAAAACCAGGAGGGUAGCCUUUUUGGGCACAUUAGGAACCAGGGUGGGAAGGGUUAAUUCACAGACCUGGCCAGUCUCCUCCUGGCUAGGUCACUGAGCCUACACUUCAAGGUGAGGAUGUAUUACAGUGAUUCCCAGACUUUCCAGACCGCCCACCAGAACCCCCCGGGGAGAUGGGCUAAACUGCAGGUCCCCCAGGCCUCCCUCAUUGAUGCUGAUUCAUGGGGUUUCAGCUGCGACUCAAGGCUCUGCAUUCUAACACAAGUUCAUCGGGAGAUUCGGCUGUGCAGUUCCAGCGACCAGAUCUCGAGAAACACUGAUUAAAGGGAGGUGGUUGAGGCCUCUGUGUCUCCUGUUAUUUAAGAAAGGCUUGUGGUCAUUUGGGCCCACUGAUCAAUACCGCUGGUCCCUCAGGAUACGAUACGAAGUUCUCACGCACAGAGAAGCUGACUUCAGCUAUCCCUGCAUGAUUGAGGUGCUCCUACCGUGAACGGGCUUUUGUGGUUUCAGUCAUGUGGAUAGAAAAGGUGCUGUGUUCUUUUGAUACAAAUUGUUCUGUGUGUUUUCUAAGCAGUGUAUGUGUGGUAACUCCCCACUUCUCAGAUGUCGUGGGUGGAUGGUAAAGCCGACUCAAGGCUGUUCUUACAAGUCGCACAUCUUUUUUGCUUGGUUUCAGCCAUUUACACGGGACUCCUAAUCUAGUAUACGCUCCCCUGCUUUGGCAAACAGAAUCUACUGAAGACAGUGAAAUUCUUUCAGGGUCCUUACCAUUUACGUUGAGUGCUUUCAGGUCCUAUUCAGGUUUGUUAGAGCAGAGCCAUUGAGUGGAGGGGGCUCUUUGAGUUCUGCUGUGGUUUUUACAGCUUUUUUCUUUCCCCUCCCUGUUCCCUGUUGUUUCUCUCUGCUCUUAGUCUGCCUUCCUUUUUCCUCUCAUUUGCUACAUGGGGUUGGGAGAUGCUGUAACUGCAUUCUGUAGGUCAAGUAACAGUAAAGGGGAGCUGAGCGAGUCUCUGGGAGGCUUUCCCAGCAGUGGGAUGGAUGAGCGAUGCUGCACUGACUUGGUGACGGUAUUUCCGCGGCUCUGCUGCUUCCUCUGCUGUACUUCCUGACACCCCCUCCCCUUACUGCAGUUGCCACAUCUGUGACCUCAGGAUAAGUGAGAUGUCACUACACAUGACUUACUUACAUCUGUAAGCCCUCACCUCCCCCCCCCAGUAGUGUUAGUGUUUUUAAACGUACCCUGCUACGAUGUGAAACGUUAAGUGGAUUAAAAUUCAAAUGAACAUUUUUCUCAGGCCGAGUUUCUGUACAGGAGAAAGUGUUUUUGAUUCGGUUUUAUUAUGAUUGACAGCUGUGAAUUCUUUGUAUACCUGUGCAAUUCAGUCCUGCAGUCUUUCUGAAAUAAAGGUGUCACAACUCAGAUUUAUGUGUGAAUUUUAAUCUUUUGAGGGGAUCACGUCACCCGCCAGAGCUAGUGUCUGUCAUUUGUAGUAGCGUUUCUAGUCCUUUUCAGCAGCCCCAGAUAAGGGUGUUACACCCACCAAAUGAUGUUAGCUCCCUACCUUACGCAAGGCGAGCCAUUAACAUUUCGUCCAGAAAUAUGCAGAGGCCACUCUGUUGGGUGACCAGAGGUGGCUGUGUGCUAAUGAAGCGAAGGACCAGGAUCUGCAGAGCAGGAAGAAUGAAGCGCAGACUACAAUGCCAUGAUGGUGUGUGGCCCCGCGGGGGGAGGGGGGACAGAGCAACUGCCUGCUGACCUGCUUGUGAGGCUCAGCUCCGCUUUCUGUAUUUGUUUCCAUGACAUUUGCUUUAUCCUUUUGUCUCCCUUUCGCUCGAAUGUUACAUUACAAGUAGAUUUCUGUGCCUUGUUUCCAAAGUGCCUCAUCCAAGCCCCGUUGAUGCCUGGAUACCUUUAGGGGUAGAGUCCUUAGUCCACGCAGCACUCAUUGAGCACCUGUUGUGUGCAAGAGGAAGGCAGGAUUCAUCUCUUUUGACUUGAUCCAGUGGGUUUCCAAGAGGCUUGCGACUUGAUUUUACUGACAGCAAUAGUGGGCACCAACUGAUGGCAAGACCAGACACGUUGACCUCUUUGGUGAGUGAAACUAUGAUUGCUUAUUUAAAACACACAGAAAAUAACACUGGGGGCUCAGUGGAGAGAUCAGCACGAAGUAUAGAGCUUGCUGGCCUCACAGCCUCACUAGCAGGUUGCAUGGUUGUGUCAUCAUGUCUCAGUGAGGGGCACAUCACACCUUUUGGAGGAUAACUGGUUCUCUCCAGGCUUGGCCUUACAUAAGGAAAGGGGGAGGUGCCCAGCCUGUGGCCACGCCCUCCUCUGAGCCACGUGGGGAGUGCACCGUGACUGCAGGAUAUUCUGGCAUAAAUAUCUUUUACUUAUAGGCUCUUCUGACUAUUACAGCCUGGUCUGAGAACAUGCCUGAAUUCUGGACAGCAUUGCCAGCAUCUUGUUGCCUAGAUGUCUGGACAAGGCGUGCUAACUAGUUCUGGCUAAUCCUGCAAACCCCAGAACCUUAACAAAAGCCUUGGAGAGACUGAGGCAUGUAGAGAGAUACAUUCCUCCUAAUGCCAAAUCCGGUGCAGUGAGGACUCAGGACAGAAAUGGAGUUACAGAAACAAUUUAUAGACGGCAGUAUUAAAUGCCAUAUUUAAAUUUCAAAAUGCAGUAUUUCUUGUGUACCCCAACUGCCAGUUGGAACCCCAUGGGGAGCUUUAAAAACAUACUGACAUCUGGACCCCACCCCCAGAGAGUCUAGGCUGCAGCCCCUGGCGUCAGGGUUACAUCACAUCCCGCAGGUGAUCCUGACGCCUUGGGCAGCAAUUCCCAUCAACUUCACAAGUAAUAUCUGUUCUCCAAAAAGUGGUUACCCUUAAGCUAGCUGGCAGAGGGAGUUGGCAGUACGAGACCUCUUUUUCUCUAAUGUUUCGCCUCUAGCCCUUCAGAAAUAAAAUUCACUGUCCAAGAAAAAGAUACUCCAGUGUCUAUUAAAUGCUAAGAGAAGAGAAGAGAGCCUUAAAGGACUCCACCAUGUGCAGCCUGUUUAGCUAGGAUCAGAAGUUGGAGUUGCAUUUGUUGGAACAGAACCCAUGCAGAAAAAUGAUUCCACAAUAACUUGAAACCCUUACUUGUCUGAAAGAGUUAAACUGAGUGACGGCAUGGCCGGACCUUAAGAUAGUAGCUCUCAGAGCUGUGGACAGGCGUGCUGUGCAGGAGGCAGCAGAGAGAGAACAGCAUCCUCCAUCCUGUUAAAUUAAACUCCACGGAGCCAUUCUCCAGCCUUCUCGGAGAAGGUUAGAGCCGUUUCGUGCCUGCCAUCUGUUAGACUGCUGAUGGAAUCAUUACUUCUUUGUGUCGGUGCCAGGAUGAACUUUUAGAUCCAAUGACAAAGGAGAAAAUGUUAACUAUUCAGUUGUAUGUCUUUGUUUUUCUAUUUUGGAGGUCAGGUGUCUCCUUGAAUUCAGAAGUCCAUCAAUUGUUUAAACUUUGAAAAGACUGCAUUGCUAGUUGCUUUAGAGGUUUAGGGGAAAUUAUUCUCUGGACCGAAGCUCCUCUGUUACGUGUGUUUGUAUAAGGAUGUAGUUAUUAAUCUGGUCAAAACCAAAGUCAUUCUUGACAGCCAUUAAAAAAAAAAUUCCCCUGAUCCUCAGGACAGAAGGUUUCCAGAAAGCAGCCAGAAAGAAUUUAAUGAAUGAAUUACCCCAGAAUAUUGUUUUUGUAAAUGGAAGCGGGAUAUUGGGCAAGGAAAGAAAGAAAUGGGAGAAACUUUCAAGAUCAUACCUGUCACUGAUUAGGUGAGGGUGACUAUGAGGGAACUAUUGUCUGAUAAUUUCUUUCACAAAUGACAGUUCUGAGAGUUGGAGGGUAGAGCAUGCGCAGAUUUAGAAUCUUAAUUCAUGCCUUAAAAUUUUUUUUUAAUAUAUCCAUAUAUAAGGUACAUUGAACUUUUUUCUACUUUUUCUUGGUAUCUUGGUGACUGGAUCUAAAGCCUUUGGAAGACUUGGAGUCAAUGUGCGGCACUGGAUGGCUACAAUUUUUAAUUACAGUUUUUAAUUGGAUGAAACUAUGCAUCUGAUUACAAUUGGAACUAUUCCAGUACGGAAAGUUGUCUUUUUGUGUGUGUGAAGUUACAGCGAGCACUGUAACUUGCUUCCUUAGGUGUUAAUUGUUCCGUCAAGUGCUAUGAGAACCAUUUCUUCCUGGAAAAAGAAAUGCCAACAGUAUCUUGGGACCUUAUUAAAGGCAAGGAUUUUGCAGAGAAGAAUUGGGGAACAGCAAAGCGCUCGCCAGGCAUUGAUUUCUCCUGAUCUGCCUCUGAAACCUUUUCCUGGGCGCUGGCACCUGCAAUUCUCAAAGCAGCGUAUUUGUACUGGGAGUAUGUGGCCAUGUCUGUGGGGGAUGUGUGAAGCCACAGAUAGAUGGGCAAAAUGCUCCUCCCAGAACGUUUUUCUCAGAGAUGUGUGGGAGAAACAUUUUUAUAUUAAAGCAGAUGUAUAACUUGGUAGUAUGUGAGAUUGGAAUGGAUUUUUAAUUUUUAAAAAAUGAGAUACAAAAGACGUUUUGCUUGGGGCACUGCUUACAAUGCCACAUUGUAUGUAGCAAGGAUUACAUUAGGUUGCAUACAAUGGAAUCAGCAAAGGGUAACAGUUACAUAUGCUUUAGCCUGAUACAGGCGCUUGCAGUCGGUACAUUGCCACACACUGCAGGGUCAUGUUCUGCUGGUGGCAGGUCCCUGUCUGGAAAAGCUGGAGAAACCCUGAUGGAGGCCACCUCUAGUCCCUGGAGCUCCUAGGAUUGCUGUGUCCCUCAGAGUCGGUCUUAACUCCCAGCAGUGUGGCCUUUGCCUACCAAUGUCUUGUAAUACAAAACUGGGCAAAUAGUAAACUGGGGCAAGCCUUGCCAAGGGGCAUCACAGGUUAUUUCAAGGACUGAGUUGAUAGAGCGUCUUAGUUGUUGAGAGGGAAAUACAUAAGUAUGAAGAGCAUUGAUUGAAUAUUAAAAAUUUAAAUGAUUUUCCACUUUUUUGGGGGGGGCAGUUAUGUUUCCACUUUUGUUCAGAGAAAACACUAGUCAGGAGAAUUUUAUUUGUCAACAUAAUUUUGACAUACCGUCUUCCCCUAAGCAGAGGCAGUUCAGACUACACUUCUGUACUGCAGCUUUCUCUAACCGGGCUGUCAAUGGUGUUUAACCCAGGUGCUUGUUAAAAUCAAAGGGAAAAGGUAUAAUUAGUCUUGAUGGGGUGAAAUAACAAACACAGGGGAAAAUUAAUGAAGCAGUGUUUUGAUUCUUGUAAUUAUAGUGGUGCGACUGGUUCUGCUAUAGUGAAGCUCUUACCAUUUCCAGCAAGAAACGUCUUUUCUGGUUUAUUCUCUCAGAUACAUUUUAACUGUCACGGAGAUGGAAAUUGUAUGGCGUUUGCCAGCAGGAAUAACCUUUAUUUUUAUUUACAAAACAUGCAUAUUUCUUUUGAGAGUGCCAGCUUGGGUGUUAGACCCAGCUUCUUUGUUGAAAUAGCACAUCCUGGUCAGAUCAGAAUUUCCCUUCCCAAAAGUGAAAUUUGACAAUAAAUUUGGCGUUAGAUUAAGAUGAAAAUACAAGAAAUCUGUGCAUCUGAUUUGACUCAAAUAUAGCCAGCAUCUGAUUUGUCUUAAACAUAGCCCAAAAGCUAAAACUAGAAUCCAGCUAGGCUUUGUCCUGACUGUGUGCAUAAGCUCUCUGGGCUCCGUUUUUCUCACAUGGGAUAGAGUAACAUAAUAACAGGGCCUAUUCUGGUUUUGCUGAAAAGACUCAGUGAGUUUAAGACAUGUGAAAACAGUUGGAAUAGAGCACUGCCUGGCACAGAGCAAACCCUCCGCGAUCUCUGGAAGAGACUAUGGUGUCAAUUCUUUAAAACGUUUGGUAGACUUCUCCAGUGAAACCAUCUAGGCCUGAAGAUUUCUGUUUCAGGGAGAUGUUUAAUUAUACAUGUGAUUUCUGUCAUACUUGUAGGGCUAUUCAAACGUUCUGUUCAUGCUGGGUGAGUUGUGGUAGUCAGUGUUUUUCGAGGAAUUGGAGCACGUUAUCUGAGUUGUCACAUGUAUGUGUGUAGAGUCGUUCAUGGUAUUUUCCUAUUACCUCUUUCAUGUCUGCCUGGCCCUUGAUGAUACGCUCUGUUUUAUUCCUGAUCCUGGGAGUCUGUGUCUUCUCAGUUUUCUUUGUCAGCCUUAUAAGAUGUUUGUCCGUUUUAUUUUUUUCAAAGAGCAAGCUCUUUGUUUCACUGAUUUCUCUCUGUCGAUUCUCCAGUGUAUUUAACGGACUUCUGCUCUUCAUUGUUCCUAUCUCCUGCUUGCUGUAGGUUUACUAUUCUCUUCAUUUUCUAGAUCUUGAGGUGGUAACUUAGAUUAUUCUUUGGAAACGUCCCCACUUUUCUGAUGUAUGCAGUUAGUGCUAUGAACUUCCCUCCCAGCACUGGUUUAACUGUGUUCCACAAAUGUUUGGUGUAUUUUCAUUUUCAUUCAAUGUAUUUUUUUUUAAUAUCCCAUGAGACUUUCUCUUUGACCCAUGGAUUACUUAGAAGUGUGUCAUUUAGUCUUCGAAAUGCAGAUUUUCCAGCUGUUUUUUGCUAUAAAUUUUAGUGUGACUGCACCAUGGUUGGAGAACACACCCUCUCUGAUUUCAAUUCUUUAAAUCUGCUGAGGGUUGUUCUCUGGCCCAGGAUGCAUAAACUGUCUUGGUAGGUGCUUGAUGGGCACUUGAAAAGAACGGAUAUUCCACUAUUGUUAGGGGAGUGUUCUACAAAUGUUGGUUAGAUCCUGUUGGCUGAUGGGGUUGUUGAGUUCUGUAUCCGAUGCUCUGUCUAGUUGUGCUGUCAAUUGCUGAGAGAAGGGUACUGAGAUCUCCAACUACAAUUGUGGAUUUGUCUCUUGCUCCUCUUAUUUCCAUACAUUUUUGCUUUACAUCUUUUGCAGCUCUGUUUGGUACAUACACAUUUAGGAUCGCUGUGUCUUCUUUUUGGAUUAACUCUUACUAUUUUAUAAUGUCCCUCUCUAUUCCUGAUAAUUUCCUUUGCCUUAACGUUUCCUUGAGCUAGAAUACCUUUAAUAGGAGUAUCUGUAUUUCUUUUUAUUAAUGUUUGUAUGAUAACAUCUUUUUCAAUCCUUUUAUUUUUAAUCUGCCUGUACUGUUACAUUUUAAGUGAGUUUCCUGAAAAUAGCAUAUGGUAGGGCCAUGUUUUUUAAUUUGCUUUGCCCAUUUCUGACUUUUAAUUGGCGAUUUAGGUCAUUUAUAUGUAAUUAUUGAUUUAUUAGGGCUUAAGUAUUUUUUUUUUUUUGCCUUUGGGUUAUUCCCACACAUUAUAUAAAUCCUCAUUUGAUUUAUCCAUAUAUAGUGUUUUUGAGUGAAUCUCUUCGUAUAUCUUUUUAAAUUGAUUGCUGUAGGUAUUACACAGCAGUAAUAUAUAUAUCUAUAUUACUAUAUAUAUAGUAUAUAUAUACUACUAUUACACAUACGUAGUAUAUAUAUAUAUAUAUAUAUAUAUAUAUAUAUACUCCAGUCUACUGGUAUCAUUUUACCAGUGAGUGUAGAACCUUAUAACCUUAUCUCCCUCUACAUUCUUACCUUUCCAUGUUUAUAAUUAAUUACCUUAAAUAUUUCUUCUACAUGCCAUUAAAACCACAUCAGAAAGUAUUUUAAAUUUUACUUAACUAUCAAAAUUUAAAGGACUCAUUAGGAAUAGGAGAGUUUGCUAUGUUUACCCAUAUUUUGUUACGUAUCUUUUUCCUUCUUGAUGUUCCAAGAUUUCUUGUUUUAUCAUUGCUUUUCUGUUUAGAAAACUUACUUUAGCCAUUCUUUUAGGAUAGAAUUACUGGAAACUAAUUUUCAUAGUUUUUCAUCAUCUGAAAAUGUUGAUUUCCCCUUAAUUCCUGAAGCACAUUUUCACAGCCUAUACAGGAUUCUGAGUUGAGAGUUCUUUUCUUUCAGUGCUUGAAAAAUAUUUGUGCCAUCUCCUGUGGCCUCCAUAGCUUCUGAUGAGAAAUCAGUUCACUCUCACUGCUUUCAAGUUGUUUUGUUUCUAGGUUUCUAAAGUUGGGCCGUGAUGUGUUUUGUUGUGGAUUUCUUUGGGAUUAUCCUGUUUGGGAUUUGUUCAGCUUCUUGAAUCUGAAGAUUUAUAUCUUUUGCCAAAUCUAGGAAGUGUCAAUGAUUUCUAAUGUCUCUUUCAUCUUGUUGGCAUCUAUUGUCUUUUGCUUUCAGUUUGAGAUCCUUCUGGUUCUUGAUAUGAUGAAUGAUUUUUUAUUGGAACGGGGCACUUGGCAUAUUAUGUUAGGAGACUCUGGAUCUUACUCAGUCUGUUUUUGCUGCCUUCUUGUGAUACCAUUCCAGGAGGGAAGGGUGGGUGCUGCCUCAUCACUGCCACAUGGUGGGUCAAAGUUUCCCACUCAGCCUCCACUGACAUCUGAGGGAGAGAAGACCCUUUUACAGGGUUACAGCUUGGUGCCAGGGGGAAGUCUGGCUUCUCCUGGGCCCCAGUAAUAGCUCCCUGGCUAGGAAGAAUAAGAAUGCCUCAUUGCUACUCCCCACCAGGGCUCCGCUUACAUACUAUGGAAUGGGUGAAUGUCCUGACUCUUCACUAGGUCUCCCCUGACACCAUCUCUCCAGGGAGGGAGAGGAGGACCUCUUUCCUGCAGGUGUAGGUGGAAGUCCAGGUUCCGCACAUAGUGUCCGCUGGAAGAGGGGAUUUAUUACCACUUGCUGGGGAUGGAAAUCCCCGCUCCCUACUCAUUCUUUGAUGCCUUCCUGGCAAGGGGAUUGGGAAUUCCUCUUAAAGCCCAGUGAGAGUAGAAGUCUAGGCUCCUCUUUUGGCCUUUAUUGGCAUUGGGUGGGGUAGCAGCCAUAGUUUUUCCAUGGUAUUUGUCUGGAGCACAGUGAUUAUCUUGUAAAUGUUUUCUUUCUUGCUAGACUGCCCCUUUUCUGGUCCUCUGCAUAGGCAAGACAGGCUUUUAUUAAUUAGUUUUUUUCUUCUUUUAUCCAUACCUUUUGGCAUUUCCAGGUUGUUGGCUUCCCCACCAUUUAGUCUGAGAUUCAGUCCAAAAAAAAACCUCAGGAAACUCAUUGUCGUGUUGUUAUUUGGGUCUCAAGCUUCCUAGCUGGUUUGCCGCCUUCACUUGACUUUACAUAGGAUUCUUAUUUUGUUUUAUAUAUAUGAUGUAGGGGUUUAGGUGGUAAGUUGUACCACCACUGACUUUUUAUAAGUCCAAAGCCUUUGGGCUCCUUCGUCUACUUAAGUCCUACCUGUCUUUCAAGUCUUAGCUGAAGUGUCACUUCUGGGAAGCUCCCUCUGAGUCUACAACCUAGGCUGGGUCUCCAUUACCCUCCCCCAUAGCACUCUGCACUUCUCCUCGUAAUAACUUUGUUCAGUGUCUGUCUCCUCCAUCUGACAGCUUUUCAAGGGCAGGGAUUGGUCCCAUCUUAAAUGAGUGAUGUCAUCAUUUAUAAAAUGAGGGAGUUGGAAUAGAUGAACCUGGAGAUCCUCCAUCUCUCCCUUCUUUAUCUUCUCUCUCUUCUCUUUUUCUUCUACCCUCCAAUCUCCCCAACAAAUAAUUUCCAAAAUAGAAUCAUACCUGAAAUCUUCUUCUGUGCUGUGCCAGCAUUGCAUUUUAUCAUGAAAAACAAAAUCAAAAUUUGGUUAUCUGUUGGAUGAAUAAUGACAUCUUGUUAUGGUUUAAUUGGGCACUUACAUGAAUACCAGGAGAGUUCAUUCAUCUGGUCGGUAGACAUCGAACAUCUACUAUGUUCCAGAUUCUGUGGAAGAAGGCUAUAGGGAUGAAACAGGUCACAAAACAAAAGCCUUGCUCUCACGGAGCUAACAGUUGAAAUUUUUUCAUAUCAUUGAUCAUUUACAUACCUUUUGUGAAUUACAUCUCCAUGUCACUUGCUCAUCUACCCACCACCUGCUCUUCUUUUCCAGUGUUCUUUUAACAAAUAUUUUGCUCAGGAGUAUGAGAGAUGUAAAGUUAAGACAGUCCAUUUCACCAUUCACUUAACAUUUAUUCUGCCUCACCAGUUCAUACAUUCAAACAAAAAUGUUUUUCUCAAAUAGAUCUGGGCAGCCUACUUGUCACUAUAUUGUACACUCAAGAAAAACGUUUUUUUUUAUAAAAAGGCCAAAAUGGUUGCGAUUUUUGGCAUUUUAUUUUUAUAAUAAAUGCAUGACCUCACUGUAUAGCAAUAGUUAAAUACCAUAUAUUGCAAGAGGGAAUUGAACAGUUGGAUUUAGUGAAACCAUUUUAACAAGGACCCGUUGCAGUGUUAGGUUAUAAUUGCAAAGGAACCUGCCUGAGCUUUAAUUUGUCAUCUUGUUUUACUUAAAAACGAUAGUCAAUUUGCAUUUCCCAGACAUUGGGUGCAGUGAUGAGAGGUCCUAGAUGACAAGCCUGUAACAUCAGGAACGUUUUUAACAAAAAACCCAGCAUUUCUGAUGAUUUAUAAUUCUCAGUUCAGACGGAGCCCUGAGUUAAGUUUGCUUUAGUCUAACGACACGUUUAGUCAUGCUGAUCAGCCACUUCAUUUAUUUCUCAUAUAACCAUUUUUCAUAUCUGCAGAGGACAUUUUAGUGUAUUUACUAAGCACUUCCAUAUCCAUUAUCUCACUUAACCCCUGAAGCAACCUUGUGGAGAUGUAAUGAGUGAUACCCACUGUGAGCCUUGGAUCUUCAUCUGUGUAAGUAACUUAUCCAAGGGCACACAGCCAGUAAAUGGCUGAGUUGGAAUCAUUGUUUAGCUACAUAUUUAUCAUAAUCUCAAAUGAAAUUUCUUACUAAUGCCAUGUGAUGCUCGAUACAUGAAAGAGAAAAGUCUGUAUAUCCCUUGGUUUAUACUUCCUAACUACAAGCUAUACUCUGUACAUGUCAUGUCAUUCUCAUGCGAUCUUAUUUGCCUUCUUUCCCUGAUGUGGAAUAAGCUUCCAUUUUGACUCACUUGAUGUGUUUCUGAGUGUGUGUAAAAACAGAUCUUGUGAAAAGUCCUUUAUUCAGUUCCUUUCAAAUUACCCUGUUUGAUUAUUCCGUUUCUUGCUAUGGUUUUGACUACUUUGGGGAUAGAGCUAGAACGGGUUAGACUAAUUUAGUUUUUUCAUCUGUAAAAGAAGCUGUUGGGGUUGGCAUCUGGGAAACGUAGAAUCUCAGGUUUGGGAAAGACCUUAAGAGUCUAGCCUUUGGAAUCAGACGGAUCACAGAGCAAGCGUUGGCUCGUAAGUCUGCCAUUCACUGACGAAGUGGUCUGAGACAAGUUAUUUAAGCACUCUGAAUUUAGGUUUUCUCAUGGGUGAAAUAUAAUUGAAAAGAAUAUUGAUUUAUAGAAUUGCUGUAAAAUAAUUAGCACAGUGCCUGGCAUAUAAUGAGCACUUAAAAAAGGUAGCCGCUGGAAUAGACGCUUCCUUUCUGGAUUAAGAGGCUUGUUGGCUAUAUGAAUGAAUGCUCUCCAUUUUCCCAUAAAUCAUGCUGAGUGGUGUUCCCACAGCAUCCUAAAUAGUCACUGCCAGUAUACCUCAUCAUUCACUUGUCGACUUCUGGUCUCAAAAGUUGAAUUAUAUGCUGAAUUGCAAGGGUAACUUGCAUUUAUUCCCCAAUCGGUUUAUGCUCAUUACAGUUAGAAUUACUUAACUAUUUUGUGAACUGAUGUAUUCAUUUUCUAUUGCUGCUGUAGACCCAGUGGCUUAAAACAAUACAAAUUUAUUAUCUUACUAGAGGUCGGUCUGAAAUGGGUUUCAUUGGACUAAAGUUAAGGUGCCAGCAGGGCUACAUGCCUUUCUUAGCUCUAAGUGAGGAUCUCUUCCUUGCUUUGUCCGGCUUCCAAAGGACACCUGCAUUCCUUUUUUAAAAAAAAAUUUUAUUUAACAUUUUUUUAUUGAAAUAUAGUCAGUUUACAAUGUUGUGUCAAUUUCUGGUGUACAGCACAAUACUUUAGUGAUACAUUUACAUACAUGUAUUCUUUUUCAUUGUAGGUUACUAGAAGGUAUUGAAUAUAGUUCCCUGGGCUCUACAGUAGGAAUACCUGCAUUCCUUGACUGUGGCUGUCUCCUUUAUCUUCAGAGCCACCAGCAUAGUAUUUUCAAAUUACUCUUCACCUCUCUGUUUCACAAGGAAACUUGUGAUUACAUUAGGCCCACCAGGUAAUCCAGCACAAUCUGCCCAGCUCAAGAUCUUUGAUGUAAUCACACCCGCAAAAUCCCUUUUGCCGUGUAAAGUAACAUAUCCGUAGGUUCUGAGGAUUAGAGCGUGGGCAUCUCUGGAGGACCGUUGUUCUGCUUAGCACAACUAUUGAUGUCUGGCAGAAGGCGGGGAGAGGGUGUUUUUAUGAAACCUGGUUUCUUCUACUGGAAAGACUCAUUAUAUUAAAUUGAAAAAAAAUUGCUUUGGAAUUAGAAUGUGGGCUAGAAAACUAUAGAAUUUGGGGGAGAUUGUGAAAGUCAAGAGGGAUGCUGCACUCAGAUUGCUUCAGAACCAUCUCUGUGUUCUUGCUCCAUUUAGAUAGAAGUGGUAUCUCAGUGUAAUUUUAUUUGCUUUUUUCUUAUGAGUAUAAUUGAAACAGUUCUGUAUGACUAAGGACCAUUGUAUAUCUUUCUCAUGAGUUGUUUACUUAUGCCUUUAAUUCAAGGUUCUGUUGAAGUUGUGGUCAUUUUCCCCUUUAACAGUUCUUAAGUAUAUUAAGAAUAAUAUUUUCUUAUCUGUGAUACAUUCUGCAAAUGUUUUUUUCCCAGUUUGUCUUCUGUCAUUUUACUUUGGUUGUGCUAUUUUUUUUCAUGAAAAAUAUUUAAAAGUUUUUAUAUAGUCAAAUUUAUCUUAAUUUUUUUUCAGCUGUAUUUUAGAUCUUAGGUACUUUUCUUAGACUCACGUUACAGAUGAAUUCAACUAUGUUUUCUUCUAGUAUUUGUAUAGUUUUAUUUUUCACAUUUAGCUCUCUGGAUCCAUUUAGUUUAUUUUUACAUAUAAUGUGGAUAUUGCAUUUAAUUGUAUAUUUUCCCAAAAGACUAUCUAGUUAUCCCAGUAUCACUUUUUAAAAGUCCAUCUUUGCCCAUGGGUUUGAAAGCCUUCUUUAUUAUAUGUUAAGUUUUCAUAUGUACUAAAUUUCCAUAUAUACUUGGUUCUCUAUCUGGGCAUUCUGUUCUAUUGCACCAGCCUGUCUACCUGUUUGUGGGCCAAUACUAUACUAUUUUAAUUAUAGAAACUUUAUAGAAUGUUUUAGUACCUGGUGGGGUUAGUUCCUUUUCAUAACUUUGUUUUUUCAUGGUUUUUCUGGCUAUUCAUUCAUGUUUAUUUUUUCCUAUGAACUUUUGUUGGAGCUUACCUAGCUUCAUAAAAAAAAAAGCUUAUUGGUGUUUUUAUUAUUGCCUUAAGUUUAUAGUGUAGAGAGAAGUGAUCUUUUUAUGACGUUUAGUUGUCCUGUCUAAGAACAAGGGCUCCUUCAUUUGUUCAAAUUUGACUUUGUGUCUUUCAGUAAUUUUUAAGAUUUUUCUCAUACAGGUUGUUCUCGUUAUCUAUUGCUGCAUAACAAAUUACCUCUAAACUUAGUGGCUUAAAACAAUAAUCAACAUUUAUUAUGUCACAUGUGCUGUAGGUCAGGAAUUUAGGAGUGUCCUAGCAGGGUGGUUCUGGCUUGGGGGCUUCUGAUGAAGUAGUAGUCAAGAUGGUGGUUGGGGCUGCAGACACCUGAGGCUUCACUCACUGGUGCUUCUAAAAUGGCUCGCUUGUGUGGCUGGCAAGCUGGUGAUGACUGUUAGCGGGAGGCCAUGGUUUCUCACCGUGUGAUGCUCUCCGUAGGGCUGCCUAAGUGUCCUCACAACAUGGCAGCUGGCUUCCACUGGAUACAAGAUCCAAAAGGGAGAACAAGAUGGAAACAGUUGUUUGACAUCCAAUGAUAAGUUAUAAAAACAUCAUUUCCAUAAUUUGUAUAAUUGGGUAAACAGAUCAGCACUAUUCAGUAUGGGUGGGUGGGAUCUAUUCAAAGAAUUGAAUACGUGGAGACGGGGAUCUUUGGGACCAUGUGAGAAGUACAACUCUUGUGCAUAACUGUAGUGCUUUUUUACUAAGUAAGAUUGUGGCUUUGGGGUCAUGGUAUGUGUGAGUGCAUGUGUGUUUACUAUGAAUAGGUGUUGACUUUUUAAAGUGAAGUUCCUAGAAUUUAUCAAAAUAGUAACAAUGAUUUUUCUCAGACUUGUUAUUUUAUGCUAAUAGAUUUCCUACAUUGAGUGUACCUUGUAUUCAUAGAAGAAAUCCUGUUUGGUUAUUGUAUAUUCAUAGUGUGAUGAAUUCUGUUUGCUAACAAAUAACAUUUGCAUAGAUAUUUGUAAAUUAUACCAGUUUCUACUUCGAGUUAAAAAAAUUUUGAACUAUAGCUUAUUUGGGUAUCAAUAUUUGCUUCAUAAAAUGACUUUGAAAGUUGUUUUUCUUCAUUUUCUAUGUUUAGAACAGUUUAUUUGUUUUUGUUUUUUUUAACAUUGGCACUAUCUGGUUAUUGACAGUUAAAAUUUCCUUGUGAAACCAUCUGGGCCUGGUGCUUUUCUUGGAGUAUUGCCUUGAUAAAUUUUUUUUUCUGUAAACAUUGGCCCAUUUAAAAUGCUUUGUAAGUCUACUUGAGUCAACUUUGGUAAACUGCAUUUCAUCAAAUAAUUUAAUACAGGUGUUCAAAUUUAUUUGCACAUAGUUAUGCAAAAUAAUCUCCUGAUUUUAGAAGUUUUUUUUGGUCUCAGUGGUCUGGUUGUUUUUUUUUUUUACUUUUUAUACUUGUGCCUUCUUUUUUUCUUAAUCAGGUGAUCUAGUGAUAUCUACUUAAUAUUCAAGAACAAGGAUUUGAUUUAUUAGAUUUCUUGGUUUUCUCUUCAUUAAUUUUUAUUUUUAUCUAUUUUCAUCAUUGUGCUUUAUUUUGAUUAACUUUUUUUAUUCUUUUAAAAAGCAAUUUUUGGGAGUAACCUCAUACUAUUGUGGCAGGCCCCCUUAUGUCUGGGUUCUCUUAGAGUUAAAAAAUACAUUUUUAGUUUGCAGUAAGUUUUAGAAAUCAAUUAUUUUCUUCCGAUUACUGCUUGAAUGUAUUCCAUACAUUCUGCCAUGUAGUAUUUUCAUUAACAUUACAUUUUAGGAAUUUUGAAAUUUGAGAUUAUAUUUCCUCUUUCAUUUAAUUUUCUUAAAGAGAAAAAUUUUAAUUCCCAAGUGAAAGUUUUCUUAUUUUUAAAUAUUGUUAUUAAUUGCUGAUUUAAUUGCAUUUUAAUUAGGGAGUGCUGUUUAUAAUAUUUUUUCUCCAUGUGACUUAGUGAUGUUUUCUUUGUGACCUAAUAGUUGAUCAAUUUUGUAAAUGUUUUAUGCAUGCUUGAGAGGAAUACGUAUGUUCUUUUAUCAGGAUUUAAUGUUUGAUAUGUUUCAAUAAGAUCUAUUUCAGUGAGAAUGUUUAUGUGUUCUAUAGCCCUAUUGAUUUUUUGUCCACUUGACCUGUGUUAUAAUGAAAGGAGUUUGCUGAAGUCUAUCAGGGUACUUUCGUGUAUUUUGACUUGAUUUUCCUGUAGUUUCUGCUCUAUAAUGAUGAUUCAUGUGUUAUUUGUUGCAUAGAUGUUUCUAAAUGUUAUAUAUCUCUGUUUUGAAUUAUAGCUUUUAGCAUUAACAUUAUCCUUUUUGUCACAGUUUUUUUUUUUAUGGCUUGUAUCCUACUUUUUGUGUGAUACCAAGAUUAUGAACACUUUCUUACUGAUUUCAUUGGCCGAUUAUACCUAUAUCCAUCCGUUUAUGUUUAGCCUUUUGGAAUCACUUUUUUUUUCAGUUGUGACUCUUAUGCACAUCAUAGACUUGAUAUUUAUCAGUCAUUUUGGAAAUAUUCCUCUUUGGAAAGAUGAAUUAAGCCAGUUUCCUUUUAUUAAUAUGCUUGUUAUGUUGGGUCUCUGUGCUGUUACUUUAUUUCAGUUGUAAUUAUUAUAUCAUUUUAUUAAAGUUUCUCUGUUUCUCGA